ACAGAGAGACGAGCCGGAGCAGCUUAUCCAGGGAACCACUGAGGAAUAUCUGACCCAAUACAAAGCUGACUUCUAUCCAUCCUCCUCAUCCUCCUCCUGUAAAGACAAGAUCUACAUUCCAUCUUCCAUGAAGCCAAACUAAAGAAGAAGAAGAAUAAGAAGAAUACGAAUAAGAAGAAUAAGAAGAAGCUCGGCUCACUUGGACAGCGGCUGUUGUCGUCUGCCCCUCUUUCUUCUUUUCUACGCAAAAAGAAAGAGUAACCAUUUCGGUCCUGGAGGAAGCGAAGAGGAAGAAGACGCAGAAGCGAAAGGCGACGAGAGAAGCGGAAGACGUGGAAGAAGACGACGGCGCAGGUGAAAGUGACAGAGGCAGAAUGAACAGCAGCAAACCCGAGAAGGAGAACGAGCAGAGUGAAUUCACCAGCCACGAGGAGGAGGUCCGAACGCUAUUCGUCAGUGGACUACCGCUGGAUAUCAAGCCGCGGGAGCUCUAUCUCCUGUUCAGACCUUUUAAGGGUUAUGAAGGCUCCUUGAUCAAACUCACCUCGAAACAGCCGGUGGGGUUUGUCAGCUUUGACAGUCGAUCAGAGGCGGAGGCUGCUAAGAAUGCCUUGAACGGGGUCAGGUUUGAUCCGGAAAUCCCCCAGACCCUGCGGCUGGAGUUCGCCAAGGCCAACACCAAGAUGGCCAAGAACAAGCUGGUUGGCACUCCCAACCCCCUCCCUUCCCAGCAGAGCCCGGGGCCACAGUUCAUCAGCAGAGACCCAUAUGAGCUCACAGUGCCUGCUCUAUAUCCCAGCAGCCAGGACGUGUGGGCAUCAUACCCACUGUACCCGGCGGAGCUGUCGCAGGCCCUCCCACCCGCUUUCACCUACCCCUCCUCGCUCCACGCUCAGAUUCGCUGGCUCCCACCUGCAGAUGGAACUCCUCAGGGAUGGAAGUCCAGGCAGUUCUGCUGAAGUAUGUGUUCCUGAUGUGUGAUGGUGGCCGCGGCCGGCUGUGACGGGCGUUGCUGACUGCUUCUCAUGUCCAUUAGAAAAGCAAGGAGGACCGACCUGACUCCAGCACUCUGAGCAGCGUACCGUCGGCAGCAGCAGCCUCAUGGGCCUCAGGACAUUCUAGACCCCAGCCUCCAUCACACAUCGAGACCCCCACCACCGUCCCCCAAAGUCCCUCCAACUCUUUUUUUAUACUGUUACAUACUCUAGAUUUACUGGCAGUGCUUUGGCCACACCUCCACUGAC